AUGAAAAUUAUUGCACGGUACCGUCAUCCGGAGGUCGCAAAACUUCCGCCAUUACCAAAGCAAAACAGUCCUACAUUGCCACGGUCAGCAGGGCGAUCACAAAAAGGACUAAUCAGUCUUUAUUGGGAUUUAGAAAACUGCGCGAUACCUCGUCAACAGUUACCGUUCGAUAUCGUGCAACGCAUUCGAAGCCGCUUCGUUACACCUGAUUUGCGAGAAGUGGGUUUUAAUUGUUAUUGCGAUGCAAAAUCUAUAUCAAACGAAAAUCGAAUUAGCUUAUCUCAUGCAAAUGUCAAUAUUGUUGAUGUUCCAGAUAGAAAACCUGGCGGAGUUGACCGAAAAAUAUUACUGGAUUUAGAUAGAUUCGAACGCACUCAUAACCCUCCGGCAACUGUCAUAUUAAUAUCUGGUGAUAUUGAUUUUGUUAUAGAACAAUCUAGUGUUACACAUGUAAAUAAAUAG